AUCCUUGGUUUUGAGCAUUUUGAUUAGGGUUAUAUUAGCUCGAUAUGGCUUUGCUUAGCAAUGUUAUCACGUCCAUGCAAUGCCCAAUUCCAUCUCGCUUUGGCCGAACACGUCGCAUGCAAUACCCAAUUCCAUCUCGUUUUGGCCGAUCAUGUCGCAUGCCCAUUGCUGCAUGCAUGAACGAUGAUAUGCUUCACCUGAUCAGUAGGAAUAGAUUCCCUCCUGAUUUUAAAUUUGGCACAGCCACCUCUUCUUUUCAGGUGGAAGGUGCGACAGAAGAAGGCGGUAGAAGCCCAAGUAUAUGGGAUACUUUCUGUGAAGAGCCUGGAAAAAUCCCUGAAAGGGCUGACUGGAGAACCUCAAAUGAUUCAUAUCAUCUCUAUAUGGAAGACAUAAAAAUAAUGAAGAAAAUGGGUUUCGACUCUUACAGAUUUUCCAUCUCAUGGCCCAGAAUAUUACCAAAAGGAACGAAGGAAGGUGGUAUAAAUCAGGAGGGCAUUAAUUAUUACAAAAAAAUAAUAGCGUGUCUACAAGAGAAUGUUAUAGAGCCGUUCGUUACAUUAUUCCACUGGGAUCUUCCCGAGAAGCUAGAUGCUAUGUAUGGAGGAUUCUUGAAUAAAAAUAUCAUAGAGCCUUUCAAAGAUUUUGCUGAUGUUUGCUUUCAAGAAUUUGGGGAUAGGGUCAAGCAUUGGACCACAAUGAACGAGCCAAAUAUAUUUACAUGGCUAGGAUAUGAUGUUGGAAAAAUGGCACCAGGCAGAUGUUCCGACAGAGAAAUAUGCGAUCUUGGUGAUUCUGCAAUGGAGCCCUAUAUUGUCGCCCAUAACUUAAUCCUCUGUCAUGCAGCUACAGUGGAAUUAUACCGGUCCAAAUAUCAGGCAACACAAAAGGGUGAAAUUGGAAUUACAUUGGAGGCCAGCUGGUUCGAACCCUAUUCAUCUAGUAAUCCUGACCAGCAAGCAGUUGAGAGGGCCAUGGACUUCAAUUACGGAUGGUUCUUGGAGCCAAUAGUGUUUGGAGACUACCCGUUCAGCAUGAGGGCUAUAGUGAAGGAGAGGCUUCCUACUUUCACAGAGAAAGAGACUAAAAUGAUAAAGAGCUCCUUUGAUUUUAUUGGUCUCAAUUACUACUAUCGAUACUAUGCUAAGAGCCUUCCAAUAAAGUAUGAUGAUGAACCCACGAGCUAUUCUCGAGACAACUAUGUUGAGCAAUCUGAUAAGAAAGACUGCACACCUAUUGGAAUUGUGCAAGAAGGGGCCGUACCACCAUCUGUGUAUCCGAGAGGAAUAAAAGAUCUAGUGUUAUAUGUUAAGAGUCGAUUUGGAAAUCCGACCAUUUACAUCACUGAGAAUGGAUUGGGGAUAAAUGUAGAAGAGGGUCGCACGAUGGAAGAUUCAGCAAGGAUCAAUUUCCAUGCUGCUCAUCUCUUGGAACUUCAAGAUGCACUCAGGAAGGGAGCUAAUGUGAAGGGAUACUUCGUGUGGUCAUUGAUGGACAACUUUGAGUGGGCAUUAGGAUAUACAGUUAACUAUGGCAUUUGUAGCAUUGAUCGCACCAAGCCUUCACUUGACCGAAUCCCUAAGAAAUCGGCUGAUUGGUUUGCUAAAUUCCUUUCCAAAAAGUCCUUAGAAUGAGCAAAUUCCUUCCCACUUGAAAUGGAUAAUUAGAGGGUCUGCACUAAAAUAUCUCUUGUACUAUUGAGUGCUUUAUUCCCAUGAUAUAUGGCCUCAUUAAUUAGUAAUUUGAGAAGUAAGACUUGUUCGUUUUCUAA